AAGCCAAACCAUUCUGGGAUUCUAAUGUGACCCCUAUUGCUCUCAAAAGGUGAGGAAAGGUGAGCUGGAAAACUUCCAUUGCCAGUAUCUUCCAUAAGACACCUCUCCAUGCAGAAGGAGAGACAGUACAUUUCCCAUUGCAAGUGUUCCAGCAGCAGAGAUUGGCAGGUGUGUUCAUGUAAGAGGGCCCUGCACAAGCUGCUGAGCCUGGAUCCUGUUGGGAAGCUGCUGCAGCUUUUCCAGAAGUGAGAGCUCCCUCGUUCUUGUUUUUGUGAGAAGUGAGUAGUCCUGCACAUGCAAAGUCUUCAUUAAUGACUACAUCACAAUGAGCUGGGUUCCUUCAUUCCUCAUCCCACCUGCCAGCUCCUGGGCUGCUCCACAUUCUGUCAAAACCAGGCAUCUUGGGCAGAUUUACUCAAUGUCCCACAUCCUUCCCUGUGCACCCUCUUCCUGCUGGUAGCCAGCCACAGUGAUGUUACAACACCCAUUUCCAUCUCUGUGGAUUCCCUUUGGAAGGAGACACAGAGGGGUGUCUGGAAGUGCUUUUUCCCAUGUUUAGUACAGGGCAGCAGCUGAGGGAAGCAGCACACUGUGGUCCAUCUCCUGCCAGCUGUGCAUCAGCCCCCAGAGCAGCUCCAUGAACACACGUUGGCUUCCCUGCAUGGCACAGGGGUGGUAGAGACCUUGGAGCUGCAACAGGACAGGACCUCUGUGCUGGACACACAGCUGGGCAGGGGCAGCAGGACAUGGGGAUCCCCUGACAUCCUUUGUGGAUGGAUCAUUUGCCCUGUGGCUGCCAAUUGGUGCCCAGUGCCCUCCUUCAGUGGCGCAGGUGUGAGGCUGCCUCGCCCCUGAUUUGAGAGGGUCUUAACAAAUGAAUGGAAAAGAUGAAACAUGGAAUUUGUGUGCUGCUGCUGUGCUUAGGUGCUGUAAUUCCAUGGCUGGGAAGCUUGGACAAAAAAUGGGGAGACUUGACUUUGCACUGCUCUGUGGGUUCAGUGCUGACAGAGCUCAGUGCAGGAACUGAAAUUGGGACUUUUUUCAUCCAGCUCUGCUGGCUGAGUGCAUCUGGCCAGUGAAUUCUGCAGUGAAGUGCUGCUAUGCAGUGCCUCCCAGAAAUGCUGGUACAACACUGGGGAGCACCUUGAUGUUUUAAAAUGGAAGAUUAGGUUUCAGUCUGAAAUAGAGGGGGGAAAAAAGCAAAUCUGGCUUCUCAUGUUCCCGGGUGAGUGCUCUCCAAGGUCUAUCACGAAACAGGUUGGCAGGCUGCCUCCCAUGUGUGCGUGAAGAGGAAGCAGCAGGUACAUUCUGUGGAAAGCCCAGGCAAGUUGUUUGUGUUUGCUGAGCUCCAAGAACAUCUGUGGGAUGGAAGAAUGAAGUAUUGCCUAAUGCUUGGAUCCUGGCUGAGCUCAGAUAUCAGCCUGAGCAGAGCUGCCCAGGGACAUUGACAUUGGCACUUGGGGCGUGUGUUCAACCAGAGGGAAUUUUCCCCUUGUCUUUUUCUCUGUUGAUUGCAGGUGUGUAGACAACACUUCCAGAUAAGAUCCCUGGUUGUAGCUAGCAAAAAUGGGCUGAUGGGAUUCCCACAUCCUGUGUUGGCCAAUCCCCCUCUGGAGUGCAAUUAGAGCCUUUUACCAGACAGCAGGGACAGGACACCUCUCAUCUAAUUUUAGAUGUCUGCAUGGUAAACCUCUGUCACUGACUUGGGCAGCCCAAGCUGCUCAGAGGGGAGAGAUAAGAACUUCCAAGGCACAUUUUAUCAGGCCUGUUCCAGGUGUCUGCUGCAGGGUGAGGUAACUGACUCCUAGAAAUCUCUGCCUCCCCACCAACCCUGAAGGAGCCCUGCCUGACAAGCCAGGCUGGAGAUGUUUACACUGUGUGUGCUUUCAUGUGCUGAGGACCAUGAGAAAUUACUGGAGGGAGAGUAGAUCAUUACCAAACACCAGCUGGAGACAGUGCAAAUCCCUUUAACAAAUCCUCAUUAUAGAAUCAGCAGCAGAAAAUAUGCAUUUGAUGACUUUUUUUAAAUUCACGCUCUUUUCAGCUAGAUUUUCAGCUCUUUAGGAAGCCAAAAAAUAGGGUGAUGGUACACUUAUUUUCUGUUAUUACCCUGGCAAAGCAGCUCCAGAAAAACACCCACCAUGUUACAGCUCCUUUCCUUUGUUACUUCCCCAAACUUCCUUACACUGGGUUACUGUUCACAUUUUAAGUUAUUCUUUUAGCUGUUCUAACAUUUAAUUUCACCUGUAACACUUCUGUGCCAGCAGUUUUGUUAUCAUUAUGUCCCAUCCCCACUUUGCCCUUACUCACUGCAUCACAGCCAACUGGCAGCCAACUUCUGUCUUCUGAUUCAGUCAAUGCAAUGUUCUUGCCAUUUGCAGUCCUGCUGAGGCUUCAUCCUGACUUCAGGCAUCUAGAGACUAGACAGCUACUCCAAACUAAUCAGCUGGAGUCCCUGGAGAGUGGUAAUGCCUUGGGGACAUGAUUCAUCCCACCUGACUUAGAGCCUGGUGUCUGGAUGUGAGGUUCACACUCAGGCAUGGCCAUCCCUCUCCACUGACUAUUGUCUCAUGAUUAUUCCAGGGCACACAUUUAGCUUUUAUAUGACUUAAUGGAAUUUAUUCUCAGGCAAUUUUGUCGAUAAAAGACCGAUUGAUCACAUAACUCUCCAGCCAGACCUUCAUUUCCUAGUUGCCUGUGUGGAGUUCAGUAGCUCCAGGGUGAGCUGAUCUCUGCUCCUCUGCAGUUCUUCACGUGUUGUGUUCUCCUGGUGUGUUCUUACACUGUGCUUUAAUUCACAUAGCAAUGUCUGCCUGUACUGUUCCUCCAAAAAUAACUCCAUGAUGCUUUUGGGAAGCUGGAGUUAACUAAUCCCCAGUAAGCAGCAUGUGGGCAGUAUCAUCAUUCACACAGCACCAGACUCCUAAGGCUGAAUGACCUUGAAGGAUUUCCAGGGAGAUGUUAAGAGCACAUGAAAUACUGCUCUUCUCACCUGCAGUACCUAAUGACCAAGAUUCCUGCUGUGAUUCCUACAAACACCAUGACUCUGUGUGUCAAAAAAUAGAAUGUUCUGGCUUCUCUGCCAGAUGCUGGUGUAGCAGAGCCAAGCUCCCAAGAAAUGCUAAGGAGGAGCAUUGUCUGUGGCUCAGGGAUGAGUAAGUUUCUCUGCUCAGUCUGAUUACCCACUUGGGAUAUUUGUGUUUCAUUAUAACUGACACUAAGCAGCGUGUUUGAUUUGGAACAAAUUUCAAGCAGGAACAAGUUCCAGCAUCUGCAUUUCCACUGUGAGCACAGUGAGGGACAAAACAGGUUAGAGCCUGCUAGGCCAAGGGUGGGGACCUCUCUAGGGAAGGGAAGAGGAGGGGAGGACAGUACAUUAAUCAGUUACAAGGAAAAGGAAGAAACACCUUGAAGAGCUGAUAUUCUGCCCCUUGCAAAAGGGACAUUCUGGGCACCCAGUAUCAGGUGUGUGUCUGGGGAAGUCGGGUGAGGGAGCUGGGGAAAGCCGGCUCCUCCCUCGGUGUGGGAGGCUGAACCUGGUGAUUAAGGAGUUGAGCUUAUGCUGAGUCCUGAAGGAACCUGUUGGGAGGAGCUCAGGUGUGCAGGAGGGGCAGAAAACACCUGAAGACGGACACAGGACUAAUCCAGCAGGAGAGACACCUCUCGGCAUCAGCAGUUCAGUCAUGUUCAAUUACCUGGCAGUCGAGGUGAGGCCCCAGCUCCACCGCAGCUAUGGGAGCCAGCAAGGGGUGUCUGGGCCACUGAAGAGCCGCCUGGAACAGCUGAAGAAGCCGUGGUGGAGGGAGCCCACCCCGCUGGUGCUCCAGCACAGCGAGACAGCCAGGCUGGCCAUCGAUGCCUUUCUUGAGCAGGGGGAGCGCGGCUACCUGAGCGCCAUCGCCGAGGAGAGGGAGCUGCCCUUUCUUUCCACCUUGGACAUGGAGUAUAUCAGCCAUCAGAGGAACCAGAGCUUCCCAGACCCUGGUGCAAUGAAAGACAAAGAAGCUGACCCUGGUGAGACAGACACUGCAGACAGGUUCUCCCUCAACUCUGAACUAACAUCGGGCACCUACUUCCCCCUCAUGUCUGAUGUGCACCCUCCGGAGCUGGAGCUGGGGUGGCCAGGGACACCGCUCCUCACGGUGUCUGGCCAGACUCAAGCCACUGUGAUUUUCCAAAGAAACAAAACGAACAGCAUUAAGGAUUUGGUCCGGUCUCUGAUCAGCCGGGCACGGACGGUGAUAGCAAUUGUGAUGGAUCUGUUUACAGACAUGGAAAUUCUGUGUGACCUGCUGGAGGCCUCAAGCAGAAGGCACAUCCCUGUUUACCUGAUCCUGGAUGAAGAGUACUUGAAGCAUUUUGUGGAAAUGUGCAAUAAAAUGGCUCUUACUCAGGACAGCUUCCCAAACAUGCGCAUAAGAUGCCUGAGUGGAGACACGUACUACAGCAAAGCAGGCAAGAAAUUUGCAGGCCAGGUUCUGGAGAAGUUUGUCCUGGUUGAUUGUGACCAAGUUCUUGCUGGUACAUACAGUUUCACCUGGCUUUGCAGCCAAGUCCACACCGGCCUGGUGACCCACUUCCGUGGGCAAAUUGUUGCAGAGUUUGACAAGGAAUUCCGGUACUUGUAUGCAGAGUCCAGAGCAGUGACCAGCUUCUGUGAGCCAGAUCCUGGGACAUGUCUCUCCUCUUGGAAUACCUCAAAAGUUGACAAUUGUCUUCUAAAACCCACUCAAGGGAAUGAUACUGAGACCCUGAGCCCCUCCAGCAGCCUUUCCAAUGUGAGCAUCAGGAGCAUAAAAGUGUCUCCCUUUAUGAAAAACUCGAGCUGUGGUGCACACCAGGAAAAGCAAGAUUCCAGCUCUGAUUCUGGCAAUAAGAAGGGGAAGGAAGACACAUUCCUGAAGCCCACUUGCCCUAAACAGCAAGAAGAACCACCAGACUCGGUGAACAGUCCUCCAAAUAAACCCUCCUCAGCCUCGUAUCCCAAAUCAAACCUGAUAACAACAAGGACAUUCCUGCAGCCAGAGCCUUCCUCCAAUAAACCUGGUAACCAGGGGGAUAUUAAGGCCAACAGCAGCCACUGCUCCCCGCUGAGAGCGGGGCAGCCACUGCAGUCCCUGUCAGAGGGUACCGGCAGCAAUGGGACCAGCCUGAAGCAGAGAGCACCUGUGGCCACCUCCGGGGAGCUGCCAGCUGAAAAUGAGAAUGUGUUUUAUGGGGUGGAAAAGAGACAGAGCCCUGGACAUGGCCAUUUUGACCUUUUCUCCCCAUACAGCCACCUCAAACGGGAUAAAAAGUCCGUAGUGCCUUGCUAUGACAAGUUCCCGGAGGAUGUGCUGCUGGAAAAGAACAGCGCAUAUGGGGCAGAGAAAAGAAUGACUCUGGGGCACAGCAAGCUGGACCUGAUCACCAAGUACAACAAGCUAAAAUCCAAACACAUACACAGUCGGUUCGAACUCUGACCUGGGCCUUGAGCUGGCCUCUGGUCUGAUUUUCCAGGGGUUGCUUUUCCCUGCCAGUCAUCAUGCCUGAGGCUUGGAAUCAAAACAUUAGUCUUGUUCCUGUUAUAAGGUGUCUAAUCUGUGUAGAUAACUGAUUCAGACGAGAUUAGCAACUGCAGCUCAAAUUUUCAAUUACAUGAUUAUGGCAGGAGGGAGAAAAGCACAUAAAUCUAAUGCACAUUAUUUUUACCCAUUUGGGAAAGAACCGUUUUCCCUUAAACUUACAGCAAAGCCAUUGCUACAGCUGGAAACUGGCCACUGAGGUCUUCAGGGUGAGCCCUGGUUCUCUCCAUGCUGAGCAAUUCCUCUCCCUAUUCAUAUGGUGAAAAUGAAAUGGCCAAAGGCAGGGGGUUGUGAAAAAUAAAGGAGUUGUUCUGCUGGGAAAAGGUGUGUUGGGUCCUGGUGG